AUGGUUUUGUUGCAUUCACCGGAUAUAAUGCUUCAAUUUUGGCUUCGUGUUGGUACUGGUGAUAUUAGCGAUGAUUGGACAACUGGUAUUGAUGUUGAGACUUCUGCUUCCAUGGAAGAUGAAAAAAUUUUCUUGGUGGAUUCUGGGAUGCUAAGCAGAUUAAUUGAAGAAAUUGAAAAAAUUAUGUCAGUUGCUUGUAAAUUAGAACGUUUGCAUUUGAAAUAA